AUGUACUCUCAAGUGCCCGGAAUUGUAGAAUGUAUUAUAGAAUAUAUAAAGUGGAACGAAGGCUUUGUUUCUGGAAGCGUUUACCCAAGAGAUGAUGCUCUUACAGUUUUGUGCACGGAUAUCUAUAAGGAAUUCCUCUGGACAAAUCCAUUACAUCCGGAGCUUUUUGUUGACAUUCGACGAAUGGAAGCUGAGGUUGUACGUAUGUGUGUUACAAUGUUCCAUGGAGAUAAAGAUGCAUGCGGUACUACUACGUCAGGAGGAACAGAAAGCAUUCUUCUUGCAUGUUUGGCCUAUCGUCAGCUUGCACGUGAACAUGGUAUCAAACAUCCAAAUAUGGUAAUUCCGGUCACAGCUCAUCCGGCAUUUGAUAAAGCUGCACAUUAUUUUUCUAUUAAAGUAAUUCAUGUUCCAUUGGAUCCUAUUACGUAUCAAGUAGAUAUGAUUGAAAUGAAAUCAUCAAUAACCGAUGAUACAUGUAUGCUUGUUGGUUCAGCACCAGGAUUUCCCCAUGGAAUAAUUGAUCCUAUAGAAGAAAUUGCUAAAUUAGGUCAUAGAUAUAAUAUACCAGUUCAUGUGGAUUGUUGCUUAGGUGGUUUCCUUUUACCUUUUAUGGAAAAAGUUAGUUAUCCAAUUGGAGAAUUCGAUUUUCGGUUGCCUGGUGUCACAAGUAUAUCAUGUGAUACACAUAAGUACGGGUUUGCACCAAAAGGCACAUCUGUUAUAAUGUAUAGAAAUCAAUAUUACCGAUCUAAACAAUACUUUACACAGACAACUUGGCCUGGUGGCAUAUAUGCUUCAUCAACUUUACCAGGAAGUCGACCUGGUGCGUUAAUUGCUACUUGCUGGGCAACAAUGAUGUAUCAUGGAGAAAAUGGUUAUUGCAAAUCUACUAAACGUAUCAUCAGUACUACUCGAUAUAUUAUAAAUGAAUUACGUAAAAUACCGGGUAUUUUUGUAAUUGGUGAACCAAAUGUUUCCAUUGUAGCAUUUAGUUCAAAUAAUUUUGAUAUAUAUAAAUUAAGUCAUUUAUUAUCAGAUAAACCAAAUGGACGUGGUUGGAAUUUAAAUAAUUUACAAUUUCCACCAGCGAUUCAUUUAUGUGUUACUGAUAUGCAUACAACAAAAGGUUGUGCAGAACAAUUUAUUCAAGAUGUAAAAGAUGUAGCUAAAGAAUUAAUGAAACAACCAAAUAAAAAAUCUGAAGGUUCAGCUGCUCUUUAUGGAUUAUCACAAAUGAUACCGGAUCGUUCAAUUGUCACUGAAUUAGCUCAUUGCUAUUUAAAUGCAUAUUAUGAUACACCAAAUAAUGUAUCAUAA